GCCAGGCCCCAGGUUUCAAUCAUAUAAAGUCCACCCAUAUCCCUCUUGAUCCCACUCAUUCAUUAGUUUACAAAUGCUUUCAGAUAACUUCAAAAGCAGAGUGUCACAAUUGACGUGGGAGGGUGUACUCUUGUAUGCCAUUGGGGUAUUGACGCUUUAUUUCACUUACAGGUUUAUUAGAAAGACCACUCUAAAGUAUAAGUUCGGAGUUACAGAGGCAAGACUUCUUCCUAAAUCUUAUCCGUUUUUCAGCAGAAACCCUUAUACGUUUUUGUGCUUGAAGCGGGAUGGACUUGUUCUCGCUGAGGUGUUGAAGUUCAUGAGAUUAUAUGGACAUACCUGGAAGGCUAAUCUUGGACACCAAAUUGUGGUGACAGCAGACCCCGAAAACAUCAAGUCGAUCUUGGCCACCCAGUUCAAUGACUUUGUGAUGGGUUUGCGGCUUUCCCAGUUCCGUCCACUCUUGGGUGAAGGUGUUUUCACAUUGGAUGGACAUGGUUGGAAGCAAAGCAGAGCUAUGUUGAGACCCAAUUUCUCCAGAGAAAAGGUUGCCCAUACCCAGUCGUUGGAGUUUCACGUCCAGAAUCUUUCCAAACACAUUCGCAAACACAAUGGCCAGCCCUUUGACAUCCAAGAGUACUUUUUCCGUUACACGGUGGAUACUUCUACCGAGUUUUUGUUUGGUCACUCGUUGUAUGGGUUGAUGGAUGAGACCAUUGGAGAAACUCCUCCGGAGGGAAGCUUUAGAGGUUCAGGAAACUUCUAUGAGAGUUUCAACAUCUCCCAGGAAAUAUGUGCAUCUCGUGCUUGGGCACAGAAUUUGUAUUAUUUUGUGAACCCUAGGAACUUUAAGGCCAAUAACAAGAUUGUGCACGAGUUUGCCGAUUUUUACAUCAGCAAAGCUUUGCAGUAUGAUGACAAUGUUUUGCAAGAUAAAAGUAAGGAAGGGUACAUUUUCUUGUAUGAGUUGGUGAAAGAAACCCGGAAUCCAACCGUUUUGAGAGACCAAUUGUUGAAUAUUAUGAUUGCUGGAAGAGAUACUACUGCUGGUUUAUUGUCAAUGUUUUUCUUUGAAAUGUCCCGGAACCCUGAUAUCUUUGCCAAAUUGAAGGAAGAAAUUUACCGGGAGUUUGGCACAUAUGACAUGUGUGACCCAGAGGAUAUUACUUUUGAGAGCUUGAAAAAGAGUGAAUACUUGAAAUGGUGCAUCAACGAAACGUUAAGAAUGUAUCCAAAUGUGCCUUUGAAUUUCCGGUGUGCCAAGCGUGAUACCACCUUACCUCGUGGAGGUGGUAAAGACUUACAGCAACCAAUCUUGAUUGAGAAGGGAACAGUGGUGGCCUACAUUAUCUCUGCCACCCACAGAGACCCUCAAUACUAUGGCAAAGAUUCAGAAGUCUUCCGUCCGGAAAGAUGGGGUGAUAAAGACUUGAAGCCUGGUUGGGCCUUCUUGCCUUUCAACGGUGGUCCACGUAUCUGUCUUGGUCAACAGUUUGCUUUAACUGAAGCCAGUUAUACGAUUGUGAGAUUAUUGCAGAUGUUCCCCAAUCUUGUCAAUGAAGACAAAAGCAAACAGUAUCCACCACGUAUUCAUGCUCAGUUGACUCUUAGUUUGACUGACGGGGCUCACGUGAGAAUGUUUUAGGAGUUAAGGUUUAUAGGUUAAUUGGUACAAUACUACAGCAAAUUGCGGUUGAUAUCUAUAAGAUGGAGAAAAUAUUUAGAGAUGUAUAUUAAUUUAUUUUCCAGGGAUUAUAGGAGAUAUAGUUUGAGUUCGAAUAAGCAAUAAAAGAUACUGUAAAUAUAUUCAACAUAACCAAUACAUAAUCCAGUAUGUAACAUUUCCCAGCAUCACAACUUCGAUCUUGGGUCAGCAGCCCUCAAGAUCUUCUCAAGUGAAACCGCUUUCAUCAAAUUACCUUUGAUUUUCAACUUUCCACUCAUGUACAACUUCUGAGGAUUGGCUUCGUUGUUAACAAGCUUGAGGAAAUCCUUGUCGGCCAUGAACAAAGCCACAUCGGCCUUUGGGGGAGUUCCAUCUAUCUUUCUUACUUCUCCAGUGUUUUUAAACUCAAAAAACCAUGAUUUGGUCUCUUUGUCCUUAUUCUUCAACGUUAAGAUAACGUUUGCCUUGGCUUGUUUGAUGGAUUUAGCUCUCAAUUUUUCAUCAUCAUCCAAAACGCUCUUCAUAAAGUCGAGCAAUUCGGUUCCUUCGAAUCCUGGUUCACUAAGGCUUGACAUAGUAAAUGUUGU